UGCCUUCGGAUCUGCCUCGUGUGUCCGCCCGUCUGUGUGCAGCGAUCAGGAGGACGGGCUAACCGGGCCGUCUGUCUGGCCCUUCGACACGCGGUGCGUCGACAGGCUGGCCGACGACGAGCUCAUCGGCGCGAUUCCAGCGCGAUACUGGCGAGCCGCACGUCGUCGCCGCUCAGGCAAACGAGAGAACAACUCCGGGGAACGGCGAGAGGUGAACGCAGGUGGCACCGGAGGUGAAGGCACCCCUGGGACCGUCUGCAGGACCGCAGGUUUGAUCCAAAAGGUAGAGGACAAGGGGAGGAAGAGAAGGAGGCGGUGGUGGUGGAGGUGGAGAACCCCAGGCCGGCAUGAUGCGGCCUAGGGCCGCGGCGACGUCGGGGAUCAUCGGCGACGCGGGCCGCGGCAUCUCGCGGCCGGUCCCGCUCGUCCUACGAAUCACCUGCGUCCUUGCCCUACUGGUGCACGCCGCCACGUGGAUCCCGAUCGCCGAGGCUGUGAUCUGUAAGGACUCGUACAAAUGCGAUUGUAAGGGAAUAAAGGGCCAUCAGGGAUUUUCUGGGAUACCCGGGCCCCAAGGAACGGAAGGACUUCCAGGUGAGAUUGGACCCGAUGGACCCCCCGGACCUAAAGGCGAGAAAGGGGCGGCAGGAGAAUAUGGAGCCACCGGAGAAAAGGGCUACCGGGGCGAUGACGGUAUACGAGGGUUUGUGGGAGCCCCAGGACUUUCAGGUAAUCCUGGCCUGCCUGGUGUGGUGGGUCCAGAUGGAUUGGACGGAUGCAACGGAACUGACGGUCGCGCUGGUGCACCGGGUAUACCCGGAGUUUUCGGGCCUCGUGGUUUACCAGGACCUACGGGCGAUUAUGGCUUUUCGGGAGAGCCUGGCGAUGGAGGUAUAAAUUCGGUCGGCUCCAAAGGAAUUCGCGGGAAUCCCGGAAUCGAUGGACUAGAGGGUUAUCAAGGACCUCGCGGGUUCCCCGGCGACAUGGGUUAUCCAGGAGACACGGGCGACUUUGGUGCGCCGGGUCCUCCUGGCUUGCCAGGUUUGCAAGGUGAUCGUGGUGACACCGUGUACGGUGUGAAAGGUCAGCUUGGUGAACAGGGAGAUAGGGGAGAGCCUGGACCACCGGGCAAGGUGGUCGAAUAUAAGAAGCCAGAAAAUUCGACGGCCGUAAAGGGACCACAGGGGCCAAAGGGUAUGAAAGGCUUUUAUGGCGAUCGAGGUCGCAAGGGAGAGAUGGGCGCCAAGGGUCCGCUGGGUCGACCAGGUUUCUUAGGUAUUAAAGGUGUAAAAGGUGAGCAAGGUGAUGAUGGACCAAGAGGUAAGCAAGGUGUCACGGGCCCGCCAGGCCCUGCUGGUGAGAAAGGAGAGAAAGGAGCUCCAGGAUUUGCUGGACUGCCUGGUUCGGAUGGAAACGAUGGAGAGUCAGGAGAAGAAGGAAAUCGUGGUCCACCUGGUAAACAAGGAGCUGAGGGUGAACCUGGACAAUACAUUCCAGAACUUGAUGAGAUUAUUGCCGGAAAUAUUGGAAUUCAAGGAGAUCUUGGCCCUCCUGGUGAACCUGGUGAAUCAGGAACACCGGGUCUGCCCGGAAAGGUCGGCUUCAUAGGACCACCAGGACCACCAGGACCACCGGGUAUCCCUGGUCUAUCGGGAGCAAAAGGCUCGUCCAUAAAAGGAGAACAAGGAGAUGAUGGCUUACCAGGGCCUAUGGGGCCGCAAGGACAUUCCGGAUUGCCCGGUUUACCUGGAACUAUGGGAGCCAAAGGAUUCCCGGGAGUAACGAUAACUGGACCACCAGGACCAGACGGGAAUCUAGGUCUUCCAGGAUUAUCAGGCCCACCCGGUGAACGCGGUGAUCCUGGUCCUCCAGGAGAGAAAGGUUUUCCUGGAAAAGGAAUAAGAAUUCGUGGACCAACCGGAGAACGAGGUCUCCCUGGAAAACCUGGCAUCUCUGGACCUGAUGGUUGGCCUGGGUUUCCUGGUCCCAAAGGUACCAAAGGUUUUCGAGGAGAUGAUUGUGGCGUAUGUGCUCCAGGAUUACCCGGUGAAAAAGGAGAACGUGGUGAAUCUGGUUUGGACGGAUAUCCUGGAGCUUCAGGAUUUCCUGGUCUACCCGGACCACGCGGAUUCAAAGGAAUACAAGGAAAGCGAGGUUUGCAAGGCCCGGCGGGACUUCAAGGCGAUAGCGGAAGAUCCGGUAUUGCGGGAGUUCAAGGACCUAAAGGAGAAUCGGGAAGAAUAUUCCUUCCACCAGGUGAAAAGUUUGUGGGUCCACCUGGUGAUUUAGGCGAGAAAGGCUUACCUGGCCCCGAAGGAAUCAGAGGUCCGCGUGGACAACCGGGACCCAUCGGUGAUACAGGUGUACCAGGACCAAAAGGAGAAAAAGGUGAACAUGGUUCCCCUGGAUUGCCGGGAAGAGAUGGUUUGCCAGGAUGGGAUGGCAUUCCUGGCGAAAAAGGUGAAGAUGCCACAAUACCAAUCGAGUUCUUACGCGGAGAUCCAGGAUAUCCGGGAGAAUCGGGAAUCAAGGGAAUUCAAGGAGAUAAGGGUAACAAAGGAGAACCUGGUGACUCCGCAGAAUACACUGCAGAGAGCAGGGGCAACAAAGGCUAUAAAGGUGCCAGAGGAGCUCCCGGUGAAUCUGGUUUCAAAGGUCUCCAAGGACAUCCUGGUGAUGAAGGUUUAUCAGGUUUACCUGGUGAGCCCGGUUCUCCAGGAAUUUCGCUUCAAGGUUCUAUCGGUUUGAAAGGAUAUCCCGGAAUGCCAGGAGACCAGGGUCCUCGAGGCACAUCAGGCUCACCUGGGCCACAGGGACCAGUAGGGUUUCCGGGUCGCAUUGGUAACAAAGGCGAACGAGGAGAUCCGGGAACGAAUUUAACAUAUGGUGAGAUUGGAGAACGAGGAUGGUAUGGUCCGAAGGGUGACAUCGGUGAUCAUGGUCCACAAGGAUUGCCUGGCCGAACAGGAGGGGAUGGUUCAAAGGGUGCCAAGGGUGCUAAGGGAGCGCCUGGUUACGAGGGAUUGUCUGGACUUCAAGGAGCCAAAGGUCAACAUGGAGACAGUAUACAAGGAGAUCGUGGAUUCCCGGGAAUACCUGGCCAGCCUGGAAUGUCUGGAAGAAUCGGAGACGUCGGUUCCCCUGGUCCUGAUGGUCCUUCCGGUUUUGAUGGAAUGAAGGGCUUGAAAGGAGAAAUCGGCUUUAUCGGACGACGUGGUGAUGACGGUGACGUGGGACCUCAAGGAUAUCAAGGGAUGCACGGUAUACAAGGUCAACCGGGUACUCCAGGAGAAAAGGGAGAUGUCGGCGAAACCGGUGAUCCGGGACCACGCGGUUGGCCCGGUUUCGACGGUAUAGAAGGAGCAGUCGGUCCUAAAGGAGAGGUGGGAGACGCUGGAAUUCCCGGUUUACCAGGAGUGACAGGACCGCUUGGAUUAAAAGGCAUCAGGGGUAACACUGGUCUUGAAGGAUUAGCGGGAAUCCCUGGCGAAAACUCCUUCAGCGGUCCCCAAGGUGACGUGGGUGAACCUGGUUUUAUGGGAGAAGUUGGGCCACCUGGUUUAACUGGAUUCGAUGGACGACCAGGUUUACCGGGAGAACCAGGAUUAGCCACUGAUGGUUUCAAUGGCUUGCAAGGACAGAAAGGUGAACCUGGUUUCGACGGAUAUAAUGGUAUCCCAGGGCCAAAAGGAGAAAUUGGUGAUAUGGGUCCUGAUGGAUUAAAAGGUGAACGAGGCGAGCAAGGCUUUCCAGGAAGACCAGGGUCACCUGGAAUAUCCGGUAGACAUGGUGCGAAAGGUGAAAGGGGCCCAUUUGGACCACCUGGCUUUGACGGUGUGAAAGGAAAACCCGGUCUCAGCGGUGAUCCGGGUAUAAUAGGCAGACCAGGAAUGCCGGGUGAGCCGGGUGUGAGAGGAGUCCCAGGUAUUAUGGGUGCUCCCGGAUCGAAAGGUCAUGUAGGUGAACCUGGUUUACCAUCUUAUGCAUUCGCGCAGAAGGGUGAUAUUGGUAAUCGCGGCCACGAUGGUUUCCCUGGUGUGAAAGGACAAUCAGGUGAACCAGGAUAUAGUGGUAUGCCUGGUCUUAAGGGUCAAAUUGGAGACAGAGGAUAUCCGGGUUCUGUUGGUUUUCCUGGUUUACCUGGUUUCCCUGGCGUGCCAGGUGAUCAAGGACCUCGCGGAGCUCCAGGAUUGUCUGGUGAAUUUGCUGAACCCGGUGAACCUGGACGUCCUGGUCUCGAUGGUAUGCCUGGUAUCCCAGGACGCCCAGGACAAAAAGGAGCUCCUGGUGAAUAUGGGCCGAACGGACCUAAAGGAAUUUCUGGCGAUAUAGGUCAUAGCCUUCGCGGUCCUAAAGGAAUGGUUGGAGAACCAGGUCCGCGAGGAUUUGUCGGCUUACCAGGUAUACCAGGUUUAGAAGGAUUGCAAGGCUUCCCCGGAGCACCAGGACCAAAAGGUUUCCAUGGAGAACCGGGAUGGCCUGCAGGCGCUGCCAAAGGACAACCCGGCGAACCCGGAUGGCCUGGAUUAGAUGGUCGAUCUGGUCCGAAAGGAAUGAAAGGUGACUCUGGUCUUGCCGGUUUCGACGGAUUGCCAGGACCGAAAGGAGAAAGAGGAGAAACCGGUGAACCGGGCCUACGUGGGCUGCCUGGUCCUUCAGGACCACAGGGACCGAAAGGAGAACGUGGUAUAAAUCCUUUCCCGCCAUUCCCGAGACGAGGACUUCCCGGUGAUAUAGGAGAACCAGGAUUACCUGGUUUCCCUGGACUACAGGGAAUGAUGGGUGAACCUGGCAAAGACGGCUUGCCGGGACGACAGGGUGAAACAGGAAUGAUUGGAAUUCCUGGACCGCAAGGACCAGAUGGUAAAGAUGGACCUCCCGGUUAUCAAGGACCUCCAGGAACAACUGGACGACAAGGACAGCCAGGUUUUCGUGGCACACCAGGAAUACCUGCGCCGAAUGGAAUUGGCCCGAGGGACAGAGGAUUCUACUUUGCUCGUCAUUCGCAAUCCGAAAUGAUACCGAUCUGUCCAAAGAACACCGUGAAGAUAUGGGAAGGAUUUUCGCUGUUGCACACUAUGGGCAAUGGACGACCUUACGCGCAGGACCUUGGCGCUGCUGGCAGCUGCGUCAAGAAGUUUGCCACUAUGCCUUUCUUAUUCUGUAAUCUGAAUAAUGUAUGUGAUUACGCUAAUCGUAACGACUAUAGUUAUUGGCUCAGCACAACCGAGCCUAUGCCAAUGAUGAUGACACCAAUACCAGCACCGGAAGUUGGUAGAUACAUAUCAAGAUGUUCUGUGUGCGAAGCACCAACUAGGGUAAUAGCUAUUCAUAGUCAAUCCAUGGCAAUACCCGAGUGUCCGGGUGGCUGGGAGGAAAUCUGGGUUGGAUACAGUUUCCUCAUGCAUAGAGAUGCUGGUGCGGACGGUGGUGGCCAGUCUCUGGUCUCGCCCGGAUCUUGCUUGGAGGAGUUCCGCGUUAGACCGUUCAUCGAAUGCCGCGGUCUUGGCACUUGCAACUACUUCGCCACAGCGACGUCAUAUUGGCUAGCAACCAUCCGCAACGAGGAGAUGUUCCGUAAACCACUACAGCAGACGCUCAAAGCUGACCACACGUCCCGAGUGAGCCGCUGCACUGUAUGUCUCCGUCGACGAGUCACCGAGGUUCUGAAACCCUUCACGUCCAAUAGCCAACGGGCUCCCAAUAAUUGGGGCACCGCUCCGGUAGCACCAAAUCGCAAUGUGCCUGAUUAUGAAUCUAGGACACCACCUAGCCGGGGAAGAUAUCCCAAUCACAGACGCGUACCCUAUCACUACCGUAGAAGAGGUCGCGUGCGCGGCAAUCCUUGGGAACGAUCGACAGAAUCUCCUAACAAUUUGUAGACAGAACAUCAAAAUUGCGCGUACAUCCGAAACAAUCGGAAUCAGUGACGUGCAAGGGCGUAGCAGCCUAUGUAUAUAAAGAAGCACGAAAAACUUUUUUUCUAUUAGUUAAGUUAUAUAUCUGGCCGGGUGCCAUAAGUUCGUAGACCUUAUAUUAAAUAGAAACACAAAUAGAACGCUCAGGAAGCACACGGUAAGAGGCUUGAGAUAACGUGGACAACAUACGGAUCUGGAAAACAUUGUAAAGGGACGUUCUUCAAAUAUCUUCUAGUCUGUUAUACUAUUUGAAAAAGAAAUUAUAUGGAUAAACAUCUCCGUUUUAAGUUGGCCGUUGAAGUUGAUAUAUCGGAUAUGAAAGGCAAUUGAGUACUUUGUUAAACAUUUCAAUUUAUCGGUAUAUUCCUCUCCGGAAAUGGCGACGAAAUGAAAGAAGAGUACUUGUCAAAGUGGCUGCUGUUGAAUCGAGACCUGUAUAGUUGCUUAUCUGAAAAUCCUUAUCGCCAACUCCUUCUCGCUUUCGGGAAUUUGUCGUUGUUAUUCUUUCCCACUCUAUGCAGGAGGUCUACAACUCACACUCCCGGUCAUCUCAUCUCUUCCUGCGCGCCUGAUAAAAAGCGCCGCCGGCUGCCGUGAAAGCAAGUAACUGCCUUAUGCCAAAUAGAAAAAAAACCCGUCGCGUUCGGCUAUCGCAAAACUGCCAAUAACGUCGCGUUUGCCGAUGCGAUUUACGAGAGAUUACACUACGAUAAUUAAAUUAACGUUAUAUGUAUAUUAUCGCUGUCGUAACUAUUAUCUAUGUAUCUCGCAUUGAAUAAAGAUCCUUUUGUAUAAGCUAA